UCUAACGUUUUACAGUCGCACUUAAGUGUCUUUUUAUUGAAAUAAUAAAAUAAACAUGUCGCUAACGAAUUAUUAUUCCAUGAUGGGGCUCCAGACUGAGGAGCCGUACGGUGCACAUUUCAUCCCGGGAGGUUUGCCGGGUUCGACGGCCGGUUGCGCAAAGCCUGCCCGGAGAGCGGAGGAGGAGGAGGAGGGGACCCCCGGCUCACACAUUCCGGAUUUUUCACAUUUUUCCAACAAACAAACGAGCUUAAAUGGCUUUUCUCCCUGGGCUAACACCUCGACUUCCUCUUCGCCCUCCUCUCCGCAGCUGCAGUCCACCCCCGGUCUUUUUCAUCCACAUCACCUCCUGGGCCACCACCACCCAUACUACGGCCCGCAGCCGCAGACUCACACCGAACACCUCGCAUCCGCGGCCGCUUCCGAGAGCAGGUUCGUCCGCUGUUGGGAGGGGGUGACUCCCACCUCGGAGACCUCUCUGUCACAUGUGUCGGUCGGUUUUCCCGGGUGUGUCCCCGCUCAGGGUGACCUCUCCAAUCCGAGCCCCAGGUAUGAGGCGGUUAAACCGGAGAGUUCACCGCCGUCACACGAGAGCCCCGGAGAUUCCAGCUUCGCGAGCCCGACUGAGGUGGUCCUCGAGCGGCUUGGGACCGUGGAGGAGCUGAGGAGGAAGCCGGAGCCCAAAACAGAGGACGAGGAGAGAAAAACAAAGGAACCGUUUGACCCGGCGAAUCCAGCAGCUAGUUGGAUCUACGCCAAGUCGACCCGGAAGAAAAGGUGUCCAUACUCCAAAUACCAGACCCUGGAGCUGGAGAAGGAGUUCCUCUUCAACAUGUACCUGACCAGGGACCGGCGCCUGGAGGUUGCAGGACUCUUAAAUUUAACAGAGAGACAGGUCAAGAUCUGGUUCCAGAACAGACGGAUGAAGAUGAAGAAGCUGAUGAUCCGGGAGAGGAGGGGUGGGAAUGAAUGAUGGACUUGGAGAGACGAGGCUGGGGAUGUUUUUCUGUCUUCCAG